AAAUUCAAACAGGUAGCAAUCCAGACUAAGUCAAUACGUUCGCCAGUCUAAUGCUAAUUAUUGCCCCAGCGUUAUUUAUCUACAUCGAGAAUAUACCCCUCUGUGCACUGCAACAGUUUCGUCCCUGUAAGAGCCAGAAGCGGAGAGGAGAAAGGUGCCGAGAGUUGCUAGGCUUCAUGCUAUGCGAAGGCUUGGGAUGGUUUUCUUGGGCUGCAGAAAAUCUUUAAGAUUUCAAUACUACCAUAUUUGAUGGAUAUGAAAGUGCUCUGGUGUCGCAGAAAUCGACUUUUCCACUAAUUAAUUUUAUGGUGUUAUCAGUUCGUGUUAUAAGUCUUGUCCAUGUAGCCAACUGAAGUAAGCUUUGCUAACUAAGCCUGACUCUGUUUUUCUAACAGGUUGGUAACAUCUGGACGUUGGUGUUCGAGUGAGGAUAGAGAAGGGAUGGGGUUAGCAGAGGUGCUGCUCUUACUAUUUCUGACGUUGGGACCAAUGGGUUCAACAGGAGAAGAAAACACAUCCACAAACAUAACUUUUCCCCUCCCUCCCAACUGCCCAAAAAGCUGUGGUAACAUCAGCUUCGAGUACCCUUUCGGUAUAGGCAGCGGCUGCUUUCGUCCAGGUUUUAAUCUUACCUGCAUAAACCAAACCACUGAUCCUCCUGCUCGUAGCCUCUUCUUGGGCGAUGGCACCGUUGAGGUCAUUGAUUUUGAUAUGGACAAUGGAAUCGUGUACGUGAAAACUCCAAUUGUCACCAUGGAUGUCGACGAGGACUAUUUCAAUUACACAUUGAUUGAUCUGAGGAAUUUCCCCUUCUCUUUUAACUUGUUGGCAAACCUUACAUCCAGUUUCGGUGAUUCAUUGACAUCUAACGAGAUUUAUGUCGCUGGUUGCAGCGCUAAUGCAUAUCUAGUUGAUCUUGCAACCAAUACCACCAUCGAUUCUUGCUCAACUACCUGUUAUCCCAAUAGUUCGACUCCACAUGCAUACUGUACAAUUUCCAUGUAUUAUUGGAAUGCUGCGAAUUUUACUUCCCUGGGGAUUCGGUUAACUCGACUCAACCAGAACGAGCAUCAUUUGUUUAAUGCCUCUCCUAUUAAGGCCUUCAUGUAUCAUCCGAGUAAUUUCACUGAGGAUAUCGAAAGAAUAUUGAAUGGGACAGGAACACAAGUGAUAGUGGCCACCCUUGCGUAUUAUAUUACCGACCAAACAACAUGUAAAGAGGCUAAGAAGGAUAUGAUGACUUACGCUUGCCGCAGCUAUAAUAGUGAUUGCUUCGAUAUCUUUUCUAGUGUAGCUCACAUGAAUUACACUAUUGGAUAUAUUUGUCGGUGCUCAUUAAGUUAUCACGGUUAUCCCUACAUACCCAACGGCUGCCAAGAUAAAACUUUCACACCAUCUCUACCAAAUAACUGUUCAACAAAAUGCGGGGAUGUUGACAUCUUCUUUCCGUUUGGGGUAGAAGAGGGCUGCUACAGAGACCAGUCAUUUUUUCUAACAUGCAUAAGGGCAACUGAGCCUCCCACUCUCUCCUUCCAAGACUACUACAUAGUGGUGAAUAUGUCGUUGGUGGAAGGGACUUUGGCAGUCAAGAAAAAAAAAUAUGAUUACUUCUUUUCCUUCGCAUACAAUAAUCAACCUUUCAUUGGUCUUGAAGAGCUAUUCAUCUUGAAUUGGAUAAUCACAGACCAAUCCUGCAAGGAUGCUAAGCUAAACACGACCACAUUCGCAUGUGUCGACCAACACAGCUCAUGUAAUGACGAGAAAAUUAGUAGCAAUGGCCAGGAAAUUUCAGGAUAUCGUUGUCAAUGUAACGAUGGUUACGAAGGAAAUCCAUAUCUCCUAAAUGGAUGUAGAGAUAUUGAUGAGUGUCGCAAUCCCCAAAAAUAUGUUUGCUAUGGAACUUGUACUAACACGAUGGGCAGCUAUACUUGCACAUGCCCACCUGGGUCGUCCGGUGAUCCUAGACAAAGAGCCUGCAUCCCUGACAAAAAGCCGACUCUUGUGUUAGGUGUCAUCAUCGGCGCAAGUAAUGGCGCGGGCUUAUUGCUCUUGAGUACGAGUUUGAUCAUCCUAAGGACAAAAUGGAAGAAAAGAAAACAAAAGAGAAUAAGAGAAAAACACUUCCGUCAGAAUCAUGGUUUACUGCUACAACAACUCAUCUCUUCCCGUGAAGAUGUUGCUGAGAGAACAAAGAUAUUUCCUCUUGAAGAGAUAGAAAAGGCAACCAAUAAUUUUGAUGAAACUCGAGUGCUCGGUCGUGGAGGACACGGAACAGUUUACAAAGGGAUUCUGUCGGAUCAACGCGUAGUCGCCAUAAAGAAGUCGAAGAUUGUGAAGAAGAGCGAGAUAGAUCAAUUCAUCAAUGAGGUUGCAAUUCUUUCUCAAAUUAAUCAUAGAAACGUGGUAAAGCUUUUUGGUUGCUGCUUGGAGACUGAAGUGCCCUUAUUGAUCUAUGAAUUUAUCUCAAAUGGUGCUCUUUCGGACCAUCUCCAUACUUUAGAUGGUAGUUGUGUAUUGUCAUGGGAAACUCGUUUGAGGAUCGCUGCAGAGACUGCAGGAGCACUUGCUUAUUUGCAUUCGGCUGCUUCGAUAUCUAUUUUACACAGAGAUGUUAAAUCAUUGAAUAUUCUCUUGGAUGAUCACUUCACAGCAAAAGUAUCAGAUUUUGGGGCUUCAAGAUUUAUUCCACUUGAUCAAACUCAUAUAGUUACUGCUGUUCAAGGUACCUUUGGAUACUUGGAUCCAGAGUAUUAUCAAACAAGUCAACUGACAGAGAAGAGCGAUGUUUAUAGCUUUGGGGUCAUUCUUCUGGAGCUUUUAACAGGAAAGAAACCUAUUUUCUCCAUCGAGCAUGAGAACAAACAAAACCUGUCAACGUAUUUUCUUCAAGCACUGAAUGAGAAACGUUAUUUUGAUCUCGUGGAGGAUCGUGUUAUGAAAGAAGAGACUAAACAAGACCUUAUGAAAGUUAUUCAACUAGUAGCAACGUGCUUGAAGUUUAAAGGAAGCGAAAGGCCUACGAUGAAAGAAGUGGAGUAUAAACUACAAAGCUUAAGAAGGAUCAAGAAGAAUGGAGACAAUCAUAUUGCAGAAGGUAAUGAAGAAACUACAUGCUUGCUAAGCGAUUCAUCAUAUACUUUGUCUAAUUCAGUUGACCUAGCAACCGAAGGGACAUCUAGGAAUUAUAGCUUAGAAAAAGAAAUAUUGUGGUCAGAUUAUAACCCACGGUGAGUGUGUUUUAUAUUAGUAUUUAUAUUUAUUUGUAUUGGCAAUAUAACAAAAUGCAUCUUAUGCACGGGUCAUUAUGUCGUGUAGUCAUCAUGUGGGAAUGUUAUGUCGUAAAUUUUCAUUCCAAAUAACUUCUGGGAUUGUUAGGGACGGGUAUUGCCAUUGGCAUGUUUGUAUUUUAUAAAUGCUCAUAUAUGUUCUCAGGUAUAUAUAUAUGUUCAUAAUAUAUAUAGCUUGUUUACUUAUUUGAA